AUGCCCACCACGACGACUGUACAUAGUAGCAUAACUACGCCCCGACUGGCCCGACCGACAGGACUGAAGACCAAGGGCACCAAGGAGACCAAGAAGCCGUCCCGCACUUCACCUCCACAGGGUCGUUCUCUUGGUGGUCUCAAGCCCAAGGUCUGUGGCCUGCCCGUCCAUGCCCUUGCCCAUCCCCAAGCUAGGUUGCUAAGGACAUUGGAUGCCCUUGUGCGCUGGGCGAUCGUCCCUCUGCCCACGGCGCACACCCGUCGCGCGCCCGUCGAGCCGGCAAGCCCAAGCUGCCAAUUCACGACGAUCCCCUUCCGGGUUCAGGCUUCCUCCAUAUUCAUCCUUCAGCUCUCCCCUCGCCACGCCGGAAUCUUUAGCCUCACAGAAGGGCCCUCCGCCGCACCGUACCCCCAGGAGGCUCCAGAUCUACACAUCCCCAUUCACUCUCACCACCUGCGCACCGCGCCCGGCUGCACAAGCCACGGCCUAUUGUACGUCCAGCGCACCAACGAGCAACGCCCGCCUAGCGAGGAGACACCAGGGCACAACCACAAGGCCAUUCUACACACCCUCCCAGGCGAGCCAUCUACCAGACACUUUCACCCGCCGAGAGGAUUCAACAUCUCACGGAGCCGGAUGCGACAGACGCACAGCCCCCACACACCCGCGCUCUCGACUUAG